AUGGACGGGCCCCGCCGAGCCUGUCGCUGCGCGGCCCUGGCGCUGCUGGCCGCCUGCUGCCUGGCCCGCGGCGGUGGCGCCGAGCGGCAGUUUCUCAACGAGUGGGCGGCCGAGGUCCCGGCGGGCCCCGACGCCGCCAGAGCCAUCGCCGAGGAGCUGGACUACGACCUCGUGGGGCAGAUUGGGUCGCUCAAAAAUCACUAUCUGUUCAGACAUAAGAGCCAUCCACGACGGUCCCGGAGAAGUGCCGUUCACAUCACCAAGAGGCUUUCUGAUGAUGAGCGGGUGUCAUGGGCAGAGCAGCAGUACGAAAAAAAGCGAACUAAGCGUGCUGCUGUGACAGACUCGGCAGAGAAUCUAUUCAACGAUCCUAUGUGGAAUAAGCAGUGGUAUCUGCAAGAUACAAGAAUAACUCCAUCUCUUCCCAAACUGGAUCUCCACGUUAUUCCUGUGUGGCAAAAAGGGAUUACAGGCAAGGGUGUUGUCAUCACAGUAUUAGAUGAUGGAUUGGAAUGGAAUCACACUGACAUCUACUCUAACUAUGAUCCGAAGGCAAGUUAUGAUUUCAAUGACAAUGACUACGAUCCAUUUCCUAGAUAUGACCCAACAAACGAAAACAAGCAUGGAACACGGUGUGCAGGAGAAAUUGCCAUGCAAGCCAACAAUAGAAAAUGUGGAGUUGGAGUAGCCUACAAUUCUAAAGUUGGAGGUAUACGCAUGCUGGAUGGAAUAGUCACUGAUGCUAUUGAGGCCAGUUCAAUUGGUUUCAAUCCGGAACACGUGGAUAUUUACAGUGCAAGCUGGGGCCCAAAUGAUGAUGGUAAAACUGUUGAGGGACCUGGGAGACUGGCACAGAAAGCUUUUGAAUAUGGGAUAAAACAGGGCCGAAAUGGAAAAGGCUCCAUUUUUGUGUGGGCUUCAGGGAAUGGAGGUCGUCAGGGUGACAACUGUGACUGUGAUGGUUACACUGAUAGUAUCUACACUAUCUCCAUUAGCAGUGCUUCUCAGCAAGGCCUUUCUCCCUGGUAUGCAGAGAAGUGCUCUUCAACUCUGGCCACAGCGUACAGCAGUGGGGACUAUACUGACCAAAGAAUUACAAGUGCUGAUCUUCACAAUGAAUGUACAGAGACUCACACUGGGACCUCUGCAUCUGCACCAUUGGCAGCAGGCAUUUUUGCUCUUGCUCUGGAAGUAAACCCAAAUCUAACAUGGAGGGAUAUGCAGCACUUGGUAGUGUGGACCUCGGAAUAUGAUCCACUGGCUGUCAAUCCAGGAUGGAAGAAGAAUGGAGCGGGACUGAUGGUGAACAGUAGAUUUGGAUUUGGACUACUCAAUGCAAAUGCAUUGGUGGAUUUAGCUGAUCCCAAAAGGUGGAAAGGUGUACCAGAAAAGAGAGAGUGUAUUGUUAAAGACAGAAGCUUUGAACCAAGGUUAUUAAGAGCAAAUGAGGAGGUCAUCAUUGAAAUUCCUACAAAAGCCUGUGAGGGUCAAGAGAACUCAAUUGCAUCUCUGGAGCAUGUGCAGCUUGAAGCAACAAUUGAAUAUUCCCGGAGAGGAGAUCUUCAUGUCACUCUGGUGUCUCCAUCAGGGACCAGCACUGUAUUACUGGCUGAGAGAGAGCGAGAUAAAUCUCCCAAUGGCUUUAAGAACUGGGAUUUCAUGUCUGUGCACACAUGGGGAGAGAAUCCAACAGGCACUUGGGUGUUAAGAAUUACUGAUGUGUCCAAAAGAAUACAAAAUGAAGGAAGGAUUGUAAAUUGGAAAUUGAUUUUGCAUGGCACUGAUACCCAGCCUGAACAUAUGAAACAACCACGUGUAUACACGUCUUACAAUGCUGUGCAAAAUGACAGAAGAGGAGUGGAGAAGAUGACAGACCUUGUAGAGGAUCGUACCACACAGGAAAAUUUGAGUGCAAAAAACAAAGGAACACAAGAUAUCGGUAGCACCAGGAUCAAAGCAGAAGAUAAGUUGCCAUCAGAGGCUAUGCUGCAUUUACUGCGAAGUGCUUUUAGCAGACAGAUGGCUCAGAAGCGACUGCCGAAGAAGACUGCAAGUGAGAAGUUAAGCAUUCCAUAUGAGCACUUCUAUCAAGCCCUCGAAAAAUUAAACAAGCCCUCCCAGUUAAAAGACUCAGAAGAAAGUCUGUACAGUGACUAUGUUGAUCUUUUUUACAAUGCCAAACCAUACAAGCAUAGAGAUGACAGACUGCUGCAAGCCUUGGUUGAUAUUAUAAAUGAAGGAAACUAAACUAUAGGAUAUGACACUGAGUUGGAAAUAUUCAUUCUCCCACCCCACCUCCAUUUUUUUUGGGUUUUUCUUCAGAACUCUAUUGUAUGCUCUAGUUGUGUGAUUGCUGCUUUGCUUCAUAUUUAACACAAACUUCAAGGAAGAAAAAAUGAAUGUGGGAUGAUAAGGCAGUAAGCUGAUGCUUUUUAGUAAUAGUUUUUUUCAAAGACUUUCUUCAUUACCAUCAGAGUAGAUUUGCCCCCUCAGGCGUGAAAUGCAGCAGUAUUCCCUUGAAAAUACUAAUGCUCUAUUUUAAACAUUUUCACAUUAUUUAUUCUUCUACCCUACUCCCUUAGCCUGCAGUAGGAUUCAAAAUCUGAAUUGCCAAGCAGUUUUGAACACAACAGCUGAAGCUAUGGGGAGAUACUCUCAUCUCUGUGUUUGUAAUGAGUAGAGCAGUCUUAUAUUUGGCAUUUACUGAAGAUUUAACACCUGCAGCAAGUACCUCUUCCCUCAUAGUAUUUUAUUUUAUUUUUUU